AUGCAAAAGAAACAACUUUAGAUCAUAGGAUUUAAGUAUGUAUAAUAUAAUAAGCAAGUUAGUCACCCUAAAUGUCUUACUCAAAGUAAAUCUCCUAAAUAUCAAGUAAAACAUAUAUAACCUUAAAUGAUUAAAUAAAUCACUUAAUUGAUUAAAAGUUCAAAAGAUAGGCAUAGUGAAAGACAAUACAAACCUUUAUAGAAAUAAUAACCUAACUAAAUUAUUCAUCCUUAAACUACUUCAAGACCUAUAGAUAAUAGAGAUAUUUCAAUCACCUUUCAUUAAUUGUUACAAGAGUUUAGAAAUCAGAAUAAACAGAAUAAGGAAAAUUCAUUUAAUAAUAUUAAUAAGCCAUCUCAGAAAGUUAGAUAAAUAAGUUUUCCUAAUACAGUUCUACUUAGUAAUACAAACAGUAGAACACGUAUUAAAGACAGUAUGUAUUUGAAUUAAGUUGAUUGUAAUGAGAAAUUAACUUAGAAAUUACUUUCUAUCCCUCAUACUUAAUAAAAUUAAAAUAAUUAUAAAUUAGAAUAUGGAGUAAUUGAAGAAAUGUGUCGUUGUUCUAAAGAAUAGUAAAAUUUAUUAAAUGAAAUGAAAGGUAAUUUAGAAAAUUAAGAAUCUCAUUUUAGAAAAAGUUCUCAAAGAUGUGUAUCUGCAGAUAUAUAAUUACUAUCUAAAAGUCCAAUUAAUAAUAAAUCAAGAUCUUCAUCUAUAGAUUAAAAAGAAUCCAGAUUUUUAGGUUCAACUUAGGCUAAUUCAAAUCCUAAAGAAUUAGAUUUGACUUGUGAUGAAAAUGAAAUAGUCAUUAAUAAUAUAAAUUUAGAAGAAAGAAUCAAAACAGAACCUGAUCCAUUAAUUCAAUAAGAGAGAGAUUAUUUAACAGAUCCAUAUUAUUUAACUGAGUAAAGUGAAAUUAAUCAACUUAUGAGAGCAAUUCUUUUAGAUUGGAUGAUGGAAGUUGCAAUGGAAUUUAGAUUAAAAAGAUAAACAUUUCAUUUAUCAAUAUUUUACUUAGAUUCAUUUUUAUCAAAAAAAUAAGCAAAUAAAUAAAACUUAUAACUAAUUGGUUUAACUAGUUUAUUAAUAGCAAAUAAAGUAGAAGAAAUCAUUCCAAUUGGAAUAAAACAAUUCGAAAUAGCUGCCAAUAAUGGAUAUACCAAAGAUGAAAUAUUAAAUAUGGAAUUAGAUAUUCUAUUUGUAAUCGUAUUUAUUUAUUUUAAGACUUUAAAAUGGCAUGUAAAUCCUCCUUCUUAUACUUAUUGGAUCAACUGGUUUACAGAUCAAUGGGAUAUUUAUGCUUAAAAUUAUGAUAUAAAUAUAUAAUUUAGAAAACCUAAUGAAGAAUCUUAUUAAUGUAAUUCUAUUUUAAUUAAAAGUAUUUAGAAAGCUUUGUUAAUUGGUAGAUUGUGCAUUAAUGGAUAUUUAAACUUUGUAAUAUAUGCCUAGAACUAUUGUUGCAUCAUUCAUGUAUUUGAUCAUAUCUUUUUAACUUAACGUUUAUAAUCAAGAUAUGCUUGAAAUAAUGUCUUAAACAUCAAUGUUUCUUUUAAAUAGUAUUAUUAUUCAAAUAUGUUUAGAGGAUAAUCAAUUUAAUGUUAUUUUUGGAUAAUUUGUAUAAACUACUUUUGGAUUUGCCUUACAAGAUAUCUUACCUGCUAUCCAAUAUGCUGUUGGUUUCUAUGAACUCAAAAUUAAUUAUGAAACUCCACCUGGAGUUGUACAUUUAUCAAAUACACCUUUAGAAGUAAUUCUUAAAAAAAUUAUUAUAGUCAAAUUAUGAAGAGUUUCUUUCAUUUUAAUGCUAUUCUAAAUCAUUACUUGAAUUUAUUAAAAAUAAAUCAAGAGAUUGA